AACAACAAUUUUUGCACGCGUUUAAAUUUAUUAAAGAGCACGCCAACAACAAAAGACAAGUGUAAUAAUUAAAGUUAAAAGUGCAAGGCGUGUAACCAACGCACGCUUAACAAAAUACAGCGUCGAGCACGCCAAUUGCUUCCGAAAGAGUGCGAUUUAGUUGGAAAGAGAGAGACGCGACAGGAAGGCGGGUGCUAAAUAAUUUUUUGCAGUGUUUUCGCAACGUUAAAGUAAUCAAAUUUGAUUUGAUAAAGCUCUAGUACAUAACUAAAAAAAAAAAGACUGUAAGCAGCGUCAUGUCCUCGACUCCGGCGUCUGGUGCCGGCAGCAGCACCACCAGCUCCAGCGUUGCCGCCAAUGUGCCCACAUCCAGUUCCAGCUCUAGCAGCACUGCCAACAAUCAGGCCACGGCCGCCAGCACGCCUGUCCGUGGUCGUGGCGGCGCCAACACGAAUGGCGGCGGCGCCAGCGGCAGCAAUGCAAACUCUACGCCAACAACGGUUGAGGAGCCACGCAAGGACAAGCCCACACCAAGGAUAUCCAAAGCGCUUGGCACUUCGGCUAAACGCAUACAAAAGGAACUGGCAGAAAUCACAUUGGACCCGCCGCCCAACUGCAGUGCUGGCCCCAAAGGGGAUAAUCUGUAUGAAUGGGUGUCGACCAUACUGGGACCACCUGGUUCGGUGUACGAAGGUGGCGUCUUUUUUCUCGACAUACACUUCUCGCCCGAGUAUCCAUUCAAGCCGCCCAAGGUGACGUUUCGCACAAGAAUCUAUCACUGUAAUAUCAAUAGCCAGGGCGUCAUCUGUCUGGAUAUAUUGAAGGACAAUUGGUCGCCGGCGCUGACCAUAUCAAAAGUGUUGCUCUCGAUUUGCUCCCUGCUCACAGAUUGUAAUCCUGCUGAUCCAUUGGUCGGCAGCAUUGCCACGCAAUAUUUGCAAAAUCGUGAGGAGCACGAUCGGAUUGCGCGUCUCUGGACAAAGCGAUACGCAACAUGAUGCGCAAGUCUUUAUGUACCACAAGCUAAAACAGGAAACGAAAGAACGCAAAUUAUAAAUAUAAUUAUUAAAGUACGCCUAACUAUUAAAUUAAACAGCAAACAAAAACAACAACAACAACAGCAACAACAAAAAGAUUAAACAAAGCAAGCAGCCGCAGCCGAAAAUAGUUAAAGAACCAUACCAUAUACUUUAUACAUAAUAUAUAGAAAUAUAAAUACUUUACUCUGUAUUUGUAACUGUAAUUCUUAACUGUAACUGUAACUGUCAUAGUGCUAGACUCACGCAUACACAAACAUAUACACAAUUGUCCAUUUGUUCAAUUAAUACACAGACUGUAAAACGUAACGAACUUUUCGUCUUCUCAAAUUUAAUUUAAUAUCAAAAACAUGCCCUAACAAAUUGAACUGUAAAUGAAUCUGAAUUAUUAUAAGUUAUAAUUAAUUGAUUUGACCAAUUUCAAUUGCACUUUUAUAAUUCGAAAUUAAUUGAAACUAAUGCUUAAUGCCCGAUUUGCUUACAGUUCGGUUCGGUCUACGGAUUGCAUUCAUCAAACUAACCAAUUACAUAAGAAAUAUAAAUAUAUAUUUAAAAAUGCAAAGAGAUGAGAAACUUAAAGAUAAAUACAAUUAGUUUACAUUAUCUGUACAGUGUUAAGUCAAAAUGGAGCUAAACAAUUAACAACAAAGCAAAACGAAAGCCUAUUUUAGUAAAUAUACUAAUUAACACAAGAGGAGCAACAAAUGUCAGGGCCAACAGAGUUCAUAAUUUCAAGUUCAAUUAAAAACAAUUUAUAUAUAAUAAUUUUUUUGGCAAAAAAGACUUGUAGAAAACGUUUUACGAA